AUGUUCAUCCAGUGGCUUCUUCUGAUCUCAAGCGUCAUCCUGGCGUCUUCCGAAGGGAUUACCGAGAGAAUUGUGGGAGGCCACUCGGUGCCCAUCUCCUCAGCUCCUUGGCAGGCCUCCAUCCAGGAAUGGGGCUCACACAAGUGCGGGGCUGUGAUCUAUAGUGACAAGAUCCUUAUAACAGCAGCCCACUGCAUCCCUGAAUCUAUUGGGACGUAUACGGUGAGAGUUGGCGCUACGAACAGGAACUUUGGAGGCCAGGUGGCUAGAAUAGCAAACGCCAUCGUGCACAAGGGCUAUCGUGUAAAAAAUGGCUAUCCUACCAACGAUAUUGCCGUGAUACGACUGCAGUGCAAGCUCAAGAUGGGUGACACUGUGCGUUCCAUUCCUCUGGCAGAUAGAACCCCUCCAGCUGGAAGUUCCGCCUCGGUUUAUGGAUGGGGACGAGUUGGAUUAUUGAAACCGCAAUCCGACAUUUUGCUAAAGGCAUCGGUGUCCAUUACGAAUUGGAAGAGCUGCCGGCAGUCCUAUAGGCGCUUGACUGAUAUUACCAAGGGCAUGAUCUGCGCCGCUGCUCCUGGAAAGAGCGCGUGCUUUUUUGAUUCUGGAGGUCCUUUGGUAUCCGAUGGUAAGCUGGUUGGCAUAGUGAGUUUUGGAAGGAGCUGUGCCCAUCCCAAUUACCCCGGCGGCUAUGUUAAUGUGGCCGAGUAUAAGACCUGGAUUCUAAAGGCCAUUAAACGAGUUUAA